AGGUAAAGUCGAAAAUCUAAUGAAUAAAUUUGGCAGAUUGUAGUAGAUAGAUCUGCUGCCCACUGUACCUAUCUAAUUUCAACUAUAAGUUCACUUGUGCACUUGUUGUGUUAGUAUAAUAUUGAUAAGAUGUUAUUAUCACUAACUUCGAAACUAAUUUUUUAACAUUAAAUGAAGUAGUAUAUAAUUACGUAACAUACUAGUUUAUCGACCGGACAGUUAUACAGCACGAGUAAAAAAAAUGAAGGAUAAUAAAAAUUUAGUGUUCACUGGAAUAAUCGCCAGCUCAAGUUCUUUGAACGAUCUUGUUAUAAACUCCGGUUACAUCGCUGUUCAAGAUGGAAAGAUUACAAAAAAAGGUUCAGCGGAAGAGUUUGAUAGACUUGAAAAAUCUGGUGAAUUUUCAACAUUUGAAAUAGUAAAGUUGAGUCCGGAUCAGUUUAUCAUACCUGGGUUUAUUGACUGCCAUACACAUGCCCCUCAGUUCCCUAACAUUGGAUUGGGAUUAGAUCGCCCACUGCUGGAAUGGCUAGCAAAAUACACUUUCCAUUUGGAAAAAAAAUACAGUGACACAGAGUUUGCUGCUAAGGUCUAUGACCAAGUCGUUCAAAGACUACUCAAAAAUGGGACAACAACAGCUUGCUACUUUGGGUCCUUACAUGUAGAUGGGACAUUAGAACUUGUAAAAAGUGCCAUUAAACACCAACAGAGGGCACUCAUUGGGAAAGUGAGCAUGAACAAAGAGAAUUUUGCAGGAUAUUAUAAUGAAACUAAAAAAGAAUUAGAAGAAGUUGAAACAUUUAUUAAACAUGUCAUAUCUUAUCAGAAUGAGCUGGUGGAACCUGUAGUGACUCCAAGAUUUGCAGUGAGCUGUGAUAAAGAACUUAUGGAUGGUCUUGGCAACAUUGCCAAGAAAUAUGACUGCAGAAUACAGAGCCACAUAUCAGAGAACACUUCAGAAAUAGACUAUGUAUUGGAAACUAAUCCGAAAUGCAAGAGCUAUGGUCAUGUGUAUGACGAAAGCGGAAUUCUAACCAACAAGUGUAUCAUGGCCCAUGCAGUACAUUUGACGGAAGCUGAACUGACAUUGUUGUCCAGUAAGGGAGUGUCCGUGGCUCAUUGUCCGGCUUCUAACACACGAUUGAAGUCCGGCCUUUGUCCUGUCAGGAAAAUUAUCAAUGCUAACAUCACUGUUGGUUUGGGAACAGAUGUGUCUGGCGGGGACAACGCGUCGAUCCUGGAUGCUAUACGCAGGACUAUGGACAUCUCCACGUGUUUGGAGAUGAGGGGCAACGACAAAUAUGCCCUCGACUGGAAAGAAGCUUUCUAUCUUGCUACAUUGGGAGGGGCUAAAGCUUUGAACUUGGACCAUAAGAUCGGCAACUUUGAUAUCGGUAAAGAUUUUGACGCCUUGCUGGUAGACGUAUACACAAAGGAUGGACAAAUCGACAAGUACGAAGGAACUUUACAAAGUACCCCCGAGGAAUAUGCUCUGGACUUACUACAGAAGUUCAUAUUCGUAGGUGACGAUAGAAAUAUCGUACAAGUUUAUGUUAAGGGAGAAAAAGUGAAAGAUGCCUUGUAAAUAUAAUUAUAUCGCCUUUAUAUAAUCGAAUUCUUAUAUACCAAUGUGAUAAACUCAAAUAUUAUUAUAUUUUAUAUACUAUUUUACAAUAAACCAAACUACA